AUGAGUUCAACGAGUCAGGAAAAGAAUUCUGUUUUAUUAGAAGCUCAAAUCAGGGACAGAGAAAGAUCUUCUUCCAACUUGUCUGAUAAUUAUAAUUAUAAUUCAAAUAAAGAAAAUGAUCAUUUUUUACCUAAACAAUCAAGGAUUAAUAGUGAUAUAAAAAACAAUAAUGAAAAUCAAUACUCUCCUUCAUAUAAUUCCAAUGGGCCAAGUUUAAGAGAACCCAAUAGAAUGAAUUAUUUCAAUAGUAAUAGUAAUCAUAACAAUGAUCUACAGAAUCUAAACAAUCUUGACAAUCGCAAUGACAAUAACAAUAAACACCAUUUUAACAGAUAUUCUCAUAAUCCAAAUUUCCAUGAUAUGACAAAUGAUGAAACUAUUGAUUCAGGCAUAGCAAAAGUCUAUUUGAAACAACGUAAUCAAGAUAAUGAUGAAGUCAAAAAACUGUUGUUAAUCCAUAUAGAAGAUACGACGAGAAUUAAGAAUUUGACUGAACAGGUCAGUAAAAAAGAUGAAGAAUUAAAUGAUUUAAGACAAAUUUCUGUAUCACAAAAAGAACAAAUCGAGAAAUUAGAAUCUGAAUUACAAAGAACCAAGCAAAUAAUUGACAAAUAUGAGAUAAAUGAAAAGAGAUUAGAUGAUUUAGACUUAUUUAAUAUACCUAUUGGAAGAAUGAUUAAGAAUCAACUAUCUGAUGAAAAAGAACCGUCUAUUUCAAUUGUAAAACCAUUAAGAGAAAAAAUUCCGAAUGUGAUAGGAUUUUUAACUACAGAUUAUUCCAAGAAUAUUGACGUUCUUAAAAAGGAGAACGAAAAUUUGAGGAAUAUGAAUGAAAAGAUAACUCAGGACGUUGAGAUAGUGUUGCAAGAAAAUUUUAAUUCUAUAUCACGAGAUUUAUUAAAAAACAUUGAAAAUUUGAAUAUUGUGAAUGAAAAUAAGGUAGUUGAGAAGUUUGAUGAGUAUAAACAAUUAUUUAAUGAAUUAGAGACUUUGCGCAAAGAGAUGUCGACAGAACAAUUAAAAUCACAAAAAUUGGAAUUUGAAUUGGAGAAUAUAAAGGGAAAUUCAACUGAAAAAUUGACUUUUAACAAUCUAAAACGUCCAAUAGUGACAUCUGAGAAAUAUAAUUCAUUAAAAUUGGAUCUGUUGGACAAGUAUAAUAUAGUCCAAUUACAAAAUCUGAUUAAAAGAACAUCUAUUGAACUUGGUUUAUCAAUAGAUUCUUUAGAAGUCAAUUUACCAAGGAUAACAGUAUUAUUGGGAUUAUUUAGUCUUUUAUUAAAAUUCACUGUAUGGCUAUCAGAAGAAUUUUUGGAUGUCAGCUUAGAUUUCCAUAAACAAGUAGAAAAAUGUAUCGAUACUUAUCUACAAACAGGGGACAAAGACAAAAGCAAAAAAUCUCUUGAAAGAAUACUGCAUAAACUAGAAGAGAUUGUCAUAGAGAGAUUCGAUCAUGAAAGUGGAUACGAAGAGUAA